AAAAAACAAAAAAAAGAAGGGGAGAAAGAAUCCCAAAUUCUUUACUACCAUCAACUCAAUCCACCAUGUUGUGGUGAAACAUAGGACGCUGAGCAGUUUCAAUGUCUUCUCUCCUUCUCUCUGUCUUUUUCUCCACACGCAAAGGUUUGAGCUUCUAUCCCCUGUUUUGAUCCUCCUCUGUUUCUUGCCCUGUUUUCGCUAUGGCGUUUGAUCCUAGAAAACGGCCAUGUCCGACUACAGGAGAUACCGCCUUUCCUCCUCCAUCACAUAAUGAACUCCCGGAAAGCCAACAUCAAUUAGUGAAAAUCAGUUUGAUUAUCACGGUUGGCAUGAUUGGUGGGGUUAUUUUGGCUGGAAUUGUAUUUACAAUUUUCAGGAAGUACUACUCGAGGAGGAAUAGAUCAAGGAGAAGAAAUCCACCAAUACUGUUUGCGACCGAAGAAGACUAUCAUGAUGAAGAUCAUGGACCUGUGAUUGAGCACCACAUAUGGUAUAUCAAUACCGUGGGUGUCCAGCAAUCUGUUAUUGAUUCUAUCACGGUUUGCAAGUACAAAAAAGACGAGGGGUUAAUAGAUGGAACAGAGUGCUCUGUUUGCUUGAGUGAGUUUGAGGAAGAUGAGAGUCUUAGACUCUUGCCAAAGUGUAGCCACGCCUUUCACCUCCCCUGUAUAGAUACCUGGUUGAGAUCACACAAGAAUUGCCCCUUGUGUCGUGCUCCUAUAGUCAGCAGCAACGCUACCGGUUCUCAGGCAACUGCAUCUGAGCCUAGUACGAGUUCUUCCGGUUCAAGCCAAGAAACCCAUUUAGAGAAUCUUGAGAAUUAUAAUGGGGCGGAAAGCAGCCAAGUUGGAGAAGGCGGGACUAGUGAAGCUGCCGUUCGAGAUCAAAGUUUUCACUCUUUGGCAAUUGAGGAUGGUGGGUGUGCUGAAAUAUCAAGUAAAAGUCUGCAGAAUUCCGCCUCUGGGAAGUGCCAUUCUCGAGUGCAAAGUAAUCCGGCUGACAAUCAAAGAGUCUUGGAAGAAGAAAUACAACCGAUGAGGAGGUCGGUUUCACUGGAUUCGCCUUCUGCCGCAAGGAUUUAUCAUGCUGUGGCUAAUAUUGUCACUGAUCAAAGAAGUUCAGAAUCCCAUUCAGUACACCUGAAAAGUUUGAGUACAGACACUGUUGCUAAGCCGGAUAGUGGUACUUCAAGCACAUGCAAACUGAAGAAAAGUUCUUCAAUUGGGCUUUCUCUGCAGAAGGGACCGAUUUCCAUGAAAAGGUCUUUUUCUUAUAGCAGAAGGUUCUUGUCAUCCAGAAAUUGGAGAAGCGGGAGCACAAUCCUUCCCUUGUGAAGAUGAAGCUUUCAGAAUCUUCGCAUCCAUAGUUUCAGGCUGGUGGCCAAACCGACAAACCAAGUGGUAUUCUCAAGGAGCCUGGAUAUUAGCUACUCUUGUUUCUGCACCAAAUAUAUGUUCCCUCAUAAAACCAUAUUUUAUAAACGAAUGACUGUAAUUUGGGUAUUGUUAUUGUAGUUAAUAUCUUGAACGGCUGAUACUAUAUAUAUUUCAAGAGAAAUAUAAUGAUAUUUCAGAAAUUAGACUAA